AUGUCCUUAGUCGUGCCAGAGAACUUCCAACACAUCAUCCGUAUCUACAACACUAAUGUGGACGGUAGACGCAAGAUCAUGUACGCCUUGACUGACGUCAAGGGUAUUGGUCGCAGAUUCUCCAACCUUGUCUGCAAGAAGGCCGACGUCGAUAUGAACAAGAGAGCUGGUGAGAUGUCCAAGGAGGAGAUCGAGAGACUCACCACCAUCUUGAACCACCCAAGACAAUACAACAUCCCAUCCUGGUUCUUGAACAGACAGAGAGACAUCAGAGACGGAAAGUUCUCCCAGGCUCUCGCCAAUCAGCUUGACGUCAAAUACAGAGAUGACCUCGAGCGUCUGAAGAAGAUCAGAGCUCACCGUGGUAUCAGACAUCACAUGGGUCUCCGUGUCAGAGGUCAGAAGACAAAGACCACUGGUCGUCGUGGUAGAACCGUCGGUGUGUCCAAGAAGAAGGGAGGU